AUGGGUAAAAGAUUGGACCGCUGUGGUUUGUCAGAGAUCAGCUGUGAUUAUCUGGCAGCAGCGCUGAAGUCCAACCCCUCGUAUCCCAGAGUGCUGGACCUGAGUGGAACCUACAACAACCUGCAGGAUUCAGGAGUGAAGCAGCUGUGUGUUCUUCUGGAGAAUCCACGAUGUCGAUUUGAAACUCUGAGAUUGAAAGACUGUGAUUUGUCAGAGAUCAGCUGUGAUUAUCUGGCAGCAGCGCUGAAGUCCAACCCCUCGUAUCCCAGAGUGCUGGACCUGAGUGGAACCUACAACAACCUGCAGGAUUCAGGAGUGAAGCAGCUGUGUGUUCUUCUGGAGAAUCCACGAUGUCGAUUUGAAACUCUGAGACUGAGUCACUGUGACCUGUCAGAGAGAAGCUGUGAAGCUCUGUCCUCAGGUCUCAGCUCUCAGACCUCUAAUCUGAGACAGCUGGACCUGAGUAACAACAACAACCUGCAGGAUUCAGGAGUGAAGCAGCUGUGUGUUCUUCUGGAGAAUCCACGAUGUCGAUUUGAAACUCUGAGACUGAGUCACUGUGACCUGUCAGACAGAAGCUGUGAAGCUCUGUCCUCAGGUCUCAGCUCUCAGACCUCUAAUCUGAGACAGCUGGACCUGAGUAACAUUAACCUGAAGGAUUCAGGCGUGAAGCUUCUGUCUGACGGACUGAAGAGUCCACACUGUACACUGGAAACUCUCAGGUGAGAUCAAGCAUUGUUUUUUCAUCAACUGACAGAAUUAGCAGAUUAAU